AUGCGUUCUCUCCAGAUCUUGGCUUCCACUCUUGCUGUCGGCCUCGCGGCCGCGGCGACUCCCUCCUCCUUUACUCCGUCCGUCGAUGCGGAUGUUGGCGUGGUUUUCACCAAAGAUGGGAGCCAUCUAACUCUCACUUCGGGGGCCUUAAUCAACCAGAACUGGACCAUCAACAUUCCCACCUUGUACCUGGAGGACACCACCUCCACUGAUGACGAGUACGUCAUCAUCAUGAUCGACCCAACCAUCAAUGAGGAUGGUGUCUCAACAGCCGCCCUACACUGGUACCAGCCCUACUUAGCCUACUCGUCUGGUGUCUUGGAAAUCAGCAACAAGAGCGCCCCAAACGCGGAGUAUGUCUACCCGACACCGCUGGAAGGACCUGCCCACGAUUACAUCCUGCUGCUGUACAGCCAGCCAGAAGACUACUCCCUGCCCGACUGCCUCGAGAGCUUGCUGCCUGCAACAGAUGCGGCCCGUCUUGGGUUCAACAUUGAUGAGUUCGAGGAAGUAACGGGCUUGGGUACUCCCGUGGCGGCGAAUUGGUUUCAAGUCGUGAACCCAACCCCUGCAACUACCACCUAUGCUAUCACGUCUACUCUCGUUUCCACAUAUGCGUGUGAGGCCACCGCCACGGCUACUUCUAGCUCAUGA